CAGCGUAACCCGGAAGUACUUUCAGUUUCCGACCGGGCCAUUCAUUCCUCCUGCUUGACUUGCACACUGACAGAAUGGCAUCCGACUCUAUGGAGAUUGACGAUUCGCUGUACAGCCGGCAGCGCUAUGUCCUGGGAGAUGUGGCUAUGCACCAAAUGGCCCAAUCCUCUGUGUUUCUCAGUGGAAUGGGAGGACUUGGUGUAGAAAUUGCAAAAAAUAUUGUCCUGGCUGGUGUCAAGGCUGUCACUCUUCAUGACUCAAAGCAGUGUGAAACAUGGGAUCUUGGUUCUAACUUUUUCAUACGCAAAGAUGAUGUGUCCUGUCAGAGAAAGAGAGUGGAAGCAGUGUGUCCCCGGGUUGCUGAAUUGAAUCCCUAUGUUCAUGUGGAUAUGUUGUCCUCCUCUUUGGACGAUAAUACUGACCUCAGCUUUCUCAAAAAGUACCAGUGUAUUGUACUGACAGAAGCCAGACUUAACCUUCAAAGAAGAAUAAAUGACUUUUGCCACUCACAGUCACCUCCUAUCAAAUUUAUUGGCUGUGAUACAUACGGCAUUUGCGCCAGAGUCUUUUGUGAUUUUGGGGAAGAGUUUGAGGUUUCGGAUCCCACGGGAGAAGAGCCGAAAGAAAUAUUUAUCCAAAGUAUUACUCAGGACAACCCUGGUGUGGUUACAUGUAUGGACAACCACCCCCAUGGCCUGGAGACAGGACAGUGUGUUGUCUUUAGAGAGGUCAAUGGUAUGGAUGAACUCAAUGGCACUCUACGAAAGAUUUCAGUCCUUUCUCCUCACAGUUUCACAAUAGGAGACACGACUCAACUAUGUCCAUAUGCACAUGGUGGUUUUGUGGUGCUGGUAAAAACUCCUAAAACAUUCAAAUUUGAAACAAUGGAGAAACAACUUUGUGAUCCUCAGGUUGUGAUCCCAGAUUUAAGUAAACCAGAGGCACCAAUGCAGAUUCACGCUGUCAUGUUGGCCCUGGACAGUUUUCAGCAGCAGCAUAGUCGACUCCCAGAUAUCAAGUGUUUGCAAGAUGCUGAAACUUUACUAAAGUUAACUGAAGAAGUAAAUUCUACUAUGAGGAACAAGGCUCCAGUAAAUUCUGAGUUAGUUCGGUGUUUGGCAAGAACAGCUAAGGGGGUCCUACCUCCUCUAGCUGCAGCUGUUGGAGGACUUGCCAGUCAGGAAGCUUUGAAAGCCAUUACAGGAAAGUUUGCACCACUGCAGCAGUGGUUUUAUAUUGAUGCUGUGGAGGUAGUCAGGCCCUUGCAGUCUCUUCCUGAUGAAGACUUUUAUCCGAGGGGAGACCGGUAUGAUGGAUUACGAGCUUGCAUUGGUGAAACACUGAGUCUGGAGCUACAGAAGCUUAGAGUGUUUAUGGUGGGAUGUGGUGCAAUUGGAUGUGAGAUGCUGAAGAAUUUUGCACUACUUGGGGUUGGACUAGCUAAAGGUUCUGGAGAGGUUUGCAUCACUGACCCUGAUCUAAUAGAAAAGUCCAAUCUCAAUCGUCAGUUUCUUUUCAGGCCACAUCAUAUACAGAAACCAAAGAGUACUACAGCAGCAGAAGCUACACUAGAUAUAAACCCAGACCUCCAGAUAGACGCUCAUCUCAACAAAGUGUGUCCAGCUACUGAAGGGAUCUACAGUGACUCUUUCUACUCCAGUUUGAAUGUAGUGGUGACUGCACUGGAUAAUGUGGAAGCUCGGAGAUAUGUAGAUAGCCGAUGUCUUUCUAAUCAAAAAGCACUGCUUGACUCCGGUACUAUGGGCACUAAAGGUCACACAGAGAUCAUUCUGCCAAACUUGACAGAGUCCUACAAUAGCCAUAGGGACCCCCCAGAAGAGGAAAUCCCAUUCUGUACCCUCAAGUCUUUCCCUUCCGUUAUAGAGCACACGAUCCAAUGGGCAAGAGACAAGUUUGAGAAUGCCUUUACCCACAAACCAUCUUUGUACAACUCCUUCUGGCAGAACCACUCUUCAGCUGAGGUUGUCCUACAGAGAAUGAGGGCCGGGGAAAGUCUGGAGGGCUCAUUCCAGGUCAUGAAACAGUUGAGCAGACGGCCUAGACAUUGGGAGCAGUGCAUUGCAAUUGCUCGCCUGAAGUUUGAGAAGUAUUUCAAGACAAAGGCCCUUCAGCUUCUGCACUCCUUCCCUCUGGACACAAGGUUAAAAGAUGGAAGUUUAUUUUGGCAGUCUCCAAAACGACCUCCAUCACCUAUUGAAUUUGACUUGCAAGAUCCAUUGCACUUAACUUUCAUCGUCAGCACAGCCCGACUUUAUGCUGAGAUUUACAAUAUUUCUUACACCAAAAAGGAUCUCUCUGAAGAGAUUGUCAGUGGAAUACUCUCAGAUGUGGCUAUUCCAGAGUAUCAGCCAACAGAGAAGAGUAUAGUGACGGAUGAGACUGCUAAAAAAUCUGAUCAGAUUAAACUGACAACAAGCAGUGAAGAGGAGAGGGAGGCCAUUGAACAGCUAGAGAAGGCCACUGCAACAAACUGCAUCACACCAGAGACAUUACAAAUGAGUCCAUUACAAUUUGAAAAAGAUGAUGACAGCAAUGGCCACCUGGACUUCGUCACAUCAGCGUCAGCUCUCAGAGCCAGGAUGUAUUCUAUUGAACCUGCAGACCGCUUUAAGACCAAGCGCAUUGCUGGCAAGAUCAUUCCUGCUAUUGCUACUGCAACAGCUGCUGUUGCAGGACUGGUGGCUCUAGAGCUGAUUAAAGUGGCUGGAGGCUAUGGGUUUGAGUCUUUCAAAAACUGCUUCUUCAACUUGGCCAUCCCUGUUGUGGUGCUCACUGAACCAGCCCCAGUGAAGAAGACACUCAUUCGGGACAACAUCUACUUCUCCAUCUGGGACUGUUGGACUGUCUAUGGACAUCCAGAUUUCACGUUGUCAGAUUUUAUGAAUGCAGUAAGGGAAAAGUAUGGAAUUGAACCAACUAUGGUUGUAUAUGGAGUAAAAAUGCUAUAUGUGCCUGUCAUGCCAGGACACUCAAAAAGACUAAAACUCACGAUGCAGAAACUGAUCAAGCCAUCAGCAGACCGGCGCUAUGUUGACCUCACAGUCUCAUUUGCUCCAGAGGCAGAAGGAGACGAGGAUCUGCCUGGGCCUCCAGUCAGAUACUAUUUCAGCAGCGGUGGGGAGAUGCCCUGACCCCUCCUUUGAAUAUCCACAGAUGACCUCUGGUGUCCUUGCAGUUCUUCUUAUGUAUGCGGUUUUACUGUACGUUGGGCUAAAGCUUUGUCAUCUGUCAAAUGAAAGAUCACUGGUCCCAUGCUUUUAAGGCAGCCAAGGUCUUUUCUGGCCUUCCCGGUGCCUCAGACCCUGCCAGUGGAAUCCACUGAUGCUCAAGUAGCAGAACUGUACAUUUGUGAAAUAAAUUCUCACUAUUUUUA